AUGAGUCGUCUAGUGAAAUCCGCUCUUCAUAUCUCUGAUACGUUUUUACGAGGGAUUCCCUUCUAUCAACCUGUUCGCAAGCUUAUCUCAAUCGACAUGCCAAAGAACGUUGAUGUCAACGUUCAGAGCAUUGUGCUCACGAAACUCACCGAUGGAUCCAAAUUCUCUGCUUCUACUCUAUGGGCUGAAAAGCCGGCUCUCAUAAUGGUCGUCAGACCAGCUCUUCUCGAGAGGGGUAUGAAAUCUGUUGCAGUCUGUCAUCAGAAACUUGGUGCUGAAGAUUUCAUGAAGGAACAUUGGAAGAACGAUGAUGUCUAUUUGGAUGAUGAGAAGGCCUUCUACUACUUGCUUGGAAAAGGAUCGCUCAACACUAUGGGUAUCAUUGCUGGAAUGGCUUCUAGCAAGGCUCGAGCCAACAUCAAACGGGCUCAAGAUGCUGGAUACACUGGCAAUCUCGUCGGAGAAGGUACUAUCCUGGGCGGUCUCAUCAUCGCAUCUAAAGAUGGUGUUGAAUACGAAUAUCCAGAAAUGAGUUGGGGAGAUCACGCACCAAUUGAUGCGGUUCUCAAGGCUUUGGAGAAAUUCCCAAAAGUCUGA